UGCUUUUAACAUAGGAUACGCCUUUUCCUUCGGCAUUAAUUCGUCGAAAGCGGAGAAAGCUCCUCCAAAGUCAAUGACAGAUCUAGCGUCCAGCGAGACAUCUCUGUCUACAUUGCUGCCCAACUUCAUGUCCAGUGAGUUGACCAUAGCGGACACUACUGUCUUUGACUGGAGUCCUGUUUCAAGCACACCGGCGUCAUUGCAGCCUAGUUCUACUCUCUACCUACCCAGCUCUACUCUCUACCUACCCAGCGUUACCAUAACAAUGACACACACGCAUACCUACACACCAGCUGUGACUGUAUCAGCUGACCCUGACCCCACCGACAGCCAAUCACCAUCAAGCUUGACCCCACCUCCAGAGUCCAGCUGUAGCACAGUGCCAGCCACACAGCGCAUGGGUCCGGCUCUGACUAGCCAGUGUCCUUGUGUGUGUAAGGCCAAGCUGGACAACUUCAACCAACACUCGGCUCUGGUCAGCUGGAGGAAGAGGCUGGAGGAGGAGCUAUUGGUGGACAAGAGCGAGUUGUACUCGACCUGGCUGAAAAAAAACUCGGUUGAAAAUGUGACAAAAUCAGCCAAAUACAUGGGCAGUACUUUAUGCUGCAUCUUUUUAUGUCUUAUAUUUGGUGUUAUUCUGGCUCUAGAUUUAACAAAAGUUAUUUUAUAUUUAUGCACGCUAUCAAAAUCCAGAAGGAAAGAUUCUAAAUCCUACUAA